UUUCCUUUUCAAAAGGAAAAUGAAUGGAAAUAAAAGUAUUGAUUCAAAAGAAAAUGGAGAAUAUGAAGAUGAUUUUGAAAAGGAUCUGGAAUGGUUAAUUAAUGAAAAAGAAAAAAGCUAUGCCAACAUAAUAAAGUUGGCUUCUGGGGAGAAAGAAACUAUUAACCAAGAAUUGAAAGAGAAUGAAACAGAAAUAGAAUGCACCAAACAGCUUUCUGAUUCUGACAAAUCUUUAAGGGAUGAAGUUUCACCUAGAAGAAACGACUUCAUUUCUGUACCAAGUAUUCAACCUUUAGAUCCCAUAUCAGAUUCAGAUAGUGAAAACUCUUUCCAGGAAUCUAAAAUGGAAAGCCAGAAAGACCUGGAGGAAGAAGAGGAUGAGGAAGUAAGGCAAUAUAUCAUGGAGAAAAUUAUGCAAGCAAACAAACUUCUACAGAAUCAAGAACCUGUGAAUGAUAAAAGGGAGCGAAAACUUAAGUUCAAGGACAAAUUAGUUGAUCUGGAAGUUCCUCCACUGGAAGACACUGAUACUUACAAAAAUUGUUUGGAAAAUGAAAGUACUGUGUCUGGAAAACUGUCACAGUUAUGUAUUUCCAAUGAAAUUAGGCAAGAAAAUGUGCUCCUGUCACUUAACAGUGGAAGUUAUGAUGAUAACAAGGACAGGAAGAUACUGGUAGAGAGAGAUGGAAAGUUUGAACUUCUGAAUUUACAAGACAUUGAGAGCCAGGGUUUUUUGCCACCAAUUAAUAAUGCUAAUAAUACAGAAAAUGAGCCUCAGCAGUUAUCAUCCAGAUCUCCCAACUCAUCUGUCAAUGGUAUUAAGAAAGAAGAGCCUGUAGCAAAGAUUCAUGGUAUCUCUCACUCAUCAACAGGAGAGCCACUGGCUUCUAUCCCUCAGCCACCAGCCAAUCCCAAGACUCGUCCAAACUCUGCUGUCAGCUCAGAUAGAAGUAAAGGAAAUGCGAAAUCUAAUUACAGGACCCACUUAACAAAUAUAUCUCCAGUGACCUCAACGUAUUGUCUUUCCCCUCGGCAGAAAGAACGGCAAAAACAGCUAGAAAAAAGGAGAGAAAAGCUAAAGAGAGAGGAAGAACAACGGAGAAUAGAAGAAGAGAAAGAAAAGAAAAAAGAGAAUGACAUGGUAUUUAAAGCAUGGUUGCACAAGAAAAGAGAACAGGUUCUAGAGAUGAGAAGAAUUCAGCGAGCGAAAGAAAUAGAAGACAUGAACAGUAGAGAAAACAGAGAUCCACAUCAAGCUUUUCGGUUAUGGCUUAAAAAAAAGCAUGAGGAGCAGAUGAAAGAAAGAAAGACAGAAGAACUAAAAAGACAAGAAGAAUGCUUGUUUUUCCUUAAAGGAACAGAAGGCCGUGAAAGGGCCUUUAAACGAUGGCUAAGAAGGAAACGCAUAGAAAAACUGUUAGAGCAACAAGCUGUCAAAGAGAGAAGUAGACAGCUCCGACUAGAAGCAAAGCAUUCCAAACAGUUACAGAAUCACCUAUAUAGUAUGUCAGAAGCCAAAUCUUUUCGUUUUACUGAUCAUUACAACUGAAGGUAUCUAUUAAAUACUUCAUUUGGAAGCUGCUAUUCCUUAAAAUUUUGGGUAUCAUUUCUUAUCGCCUUUGUGCUUUGAUCAUAUUUUAAAUUAUGGAAGUGGUAUUUAUGUUUUGGUGAUGUUAACAAUGAUUCUACCUUUUUUUUUUAAAAAAAAAACUAGAACAAAAUAAAUUUUUU